AUCACUAGCGCGGUCACGACGUUGCUAUACUCACUAUUGCCGAGAACUUGUUAUCUCUUAUCAAUAUGAUACAUCAUUACCUUACAAGCACCGUGAUAAACGUUUAUUCGCGAUAAACCGAUUUUUAUUACUCAUACAAAUUAACGUUUAAUAAUGUUCAUUUAUUAAAAAUUUGUUAAAAAUAGCGUUUUGUGAUUUAGCAAGAUGAGGUGUUUUUUGAUUGUUUUCUUUGUGUACACAGUUAGUUGUGAACUUUGUUCUCGUGACGAAAGAUUAAACAUAACCGAGGGUGUGAAGUUUGAAAAUGAAUCUAUUUUAUUCGAGGAUGUUGAGUACGUGAAGGGAAAUUGGUUCGAAUUAGAAGAUGGUACAUUUGGUUGUCCCUGUAUUGGGCGUAUUUGUUUGUGGAAAUGUUGUGGGUCCGGACAGGCUUAUGUCAAUAGAUCCUGUACGGAUGUGGAUAUGCCAGAAGUGAAUCCUUUUAAUCCGCCUGUUUAUAAAGGGCCGGAGGCAACAAGUAUCAACGCAUCGGCCCAAUUCUUUUAUAAGUACACGCUGUCUUGUGAAAAAUACCUAGUUGGUGCUAGAGCUGAUGAAUUUAUUUAUUUACAGAAGAACGGGACUCUGUACGAGAUAGCAGAUGGCAGGCCUCAGUGGCAUCCACCAGCAAGAUACUGUGUUGAAAUGUGGCAGGACGCUGCUCAUAUAGAGCCGAUACUGGUGGCUGGUGUGUGCUACCCUGACGACCCCCAACAGGAUGUUGACAGUCCUGCGCUUUUUAUCGCUUAUAGUAUAGGUCUAAUGAUAUCAAUACCGUUCCUGUUGGCAACAUUCCUGGUAUACGCGUUCAUCCCGGAGUUACGCAAUCUACAUGGCCUAUGUCUAAUGGCGUACUGCGGUGGACUAAUAAUUGCCUAUUCCUUCCUGUCUUACUUGAAACUGCACUUUGGGAAGAUUGGCGUUGAUAUGACCGGAUGUUAUAUUAUAGCGUUCAUCGUGUACUACACAUUUCAAACGAGUUUUUUCUGGCUUAACAUCAUGUGUAUCGAUAUUUGGAGAACUUUUAGCCAUGGCUACAGAGGUACCUCGAACAAACGUCGGGAGAAGAAGCGUUUUGCCUUAUAUGGGUUGUAUGCGUGGGGGGUACCAGCAAUCCUCACAGGGAUAACUAUUGCUAUGCAGUACAGUGAGAACUUGCCUGCAGGUGUGAUUACACCUGGAUUUGGAACGCAGAGGUGCUGGUUUGCUGAUUGGAUGAGCGAAUUGGUGUACUUUUUCAUCCCCGUGUUUUUGCUGGUAAUUUGCAAUGCUGUGCUCUUCACAAUCACGGCAUAUCGAAUUCGUUCGAUUCGUCAGGAAACUGCUAUAUUGAAAGGUGCCGAAUCAUCGCGAAGUGACAAAUUGAAGAAAGAUAAACAAAGAUAUGGACUUUAUUUAAAACUGUUUGUGGUGAUGGGCGUGAAUUGGUCCGUGGAAGUGAUAAGCUUCGCUGUGGGCGGUUCCAACUGGUAUUGGGUACUGAUAGAUUUAUCUAACAUCGCGCUUGGCAUCUACAUAUUCUUCAUAUUCGUGUGGAAGAACAAAGUUCGCAACCUUGUUACUAAGAAGUGGCAGAGGCUUCGAGGAGUUCGUAUGCCGGAGACCAGCACUGGUCGGUGGAUGUCCAGCUCGGCACAAACAGAGGACACUAGAAUCUCCCACGACGAAACUGGUAUACGACUUAAGGAACUCCGAUGAUUUCUUCUACAGUAAUGCAUCAACAUUCGAAUUAGUAUAGCCAUCACUCUACAUUUAAGAUUCUACACAAUUACUUAUAAAAACUAAAUUAGUCUAAUUAUAUUAUUUUAAAUAAAGUACUUGUUCGUUUCUCUCUAUCGAAUUGUGACUGAGAUGAAAACAGACAGUAGUGCACUUUAGUUAAAACAGAACUAUUCGACCGAUUUAUUUUAUAUGACCUCAGUGAAAUACUAGUCGUUUUGUUUUUCGCAGUUUACAUAAUGAACAAAAUAGCAUUUAUAGCUCUAAGCAUAAAUAUAAUGACGUUCAUUUUGAUAUAAGAAAGAUAAAAAUCAUUUAUUCUUAUAUUUUUUAUUAAUUUACAUAAAGGAAAAUAUAUGUAUAUAUUGUUAGUAAAUUGUCAAAAUGACAAGUACAAGACACGUCAGAUGCGCGGUAAAACAAUAUAUCACAACGCCAAAAUAUGACAGUCUCUCUGACGCACAAACCGUGCAGGCCAAAAAAAGGGGGAAAAAAAGAAGACAGUCAGCGCAUAAUGAGACUUCAUUCCUGUACAUCACAAUUACCACCCUUAUCUAUCUUUUAGACUUUACAUAAUCUGUUAAGAUAUAUUUAGAUUAAUGCUUAUUAUGUAGUUGCGUAAUAGAUGUGCAUUUAUUUGUUUAAUUAUGCGCUUAAGUACGAAUGGUUGGCAUUUGAUGUAGGUAUGUAAUAUUUGUUUCAUUGUACCCACCUAUAUAUUAAAAUAAGUAUCGUUAAUACUAUAGAAAAAUAUAGAAAAAAUAAAAUCACUAUAUGUCUUAUCACUCGCUCGUCUUCAACUAGACUGAUUGUUAUUACGUAGAUUAUUGUUUCGCUUUUAAAGCUCAAAAGAUUAAUCUCUUGUUAUGCUGUGCCUGAGACGAGAGUUAUUUUAUGCCAAGCGGGACAACCGAUGUAAAAGUUUACUGUGAACAUUAAGUUGUGAUAUAUACCAAACAACUAAUACUCUAGGACACAAUGUCUGUUAAAAUAAAUCAAUGAGCGGCAUAACAACGAAAUAGAUAAAUGAGAUUAGAAGGGAUAUAUAGGCAUAGUAAAGACGCUGCAAAUAUUAGGUCCUUACAUAUGAAAUUGGCGUUUUGUAUGGGAGGAACAAAAAGUCGAAUAUUUUUAAAUAUAA